AUGACUGGUCCCGAGAUAAAUUUCCCAUAUAAAUCUGACGUCAAUACUCAAAUCGAGGUUACUUUACUUUCCAAAAUGGCGUCCAUCAUUUUUCGAAAUGCUCGACUUGUUAUCCAAAGAACCGCCCAAAUAACAUCAGUAAGAUAUUCAGGACAUACUCCAUCAGUCAUUGACCCACAGGAGGGAAAAGUUGCCACUGACAAGGUAUCAAUGGCUGACACUUUAGGGCAGUCUGUUGGGGCUGAACGUUAUGAGCAGCUUAUGAGACUAGCAGGAAAUGAGGAUCCAUUUGAGAUGAAUGUGAUGCAGAUGGGAAAGGGAACAAAAUCAGAACCUACAGCAAUUCCAUCUUUGUACGAGAAAAGGCUCGUAGGAUGUAUAUGUGAAGAAGAUGCUGUUAGCAUUAACUGGAUGCAUCUACACAAAGGGGAACCUAAACGCUGUGAAUGUGGAUACUGGUUCAAACUAGAGGCCAAGAAACCUGAAAAAUUAGCUGUUGAACUGAAACAAGCACAUCAUUAAAAAUAUAGGACUUAGCCAAUUGAUAGACUAUUUAAUUUGAUCGGGUUGAUUUAAAAAUGUGAAUCUAAACAGUUUGAAGAUGUAUACGUAACCAGUGGUAACCAGUGGUAACCAGUGGUAACCAAUGGUACUUGUUACUUCAAGUAGAUAAAUGUUGGAUGAUUGAUAGAAUCCUUUUUGUAUCAAUUCUGUGUAUACAUAAUACAAAGCUUUUUUUCACCAUUGUCUAAAACUGCCAAAUAUGUCAAAUUGUGAUUCCAAGCCAUUACCUGAAAUUGAUUGAAAGUGACUUGAAUUUGUGUACAUUUGAUAUGUAAUUUAUGAAAUCUAUUUUGUGCCUACUCACUUUGAACCACUGCUUUCAUGUAAACUAACCUGCAUUUCAGUCAUGGUUGAGGGUUCAACUGCAGUCAUGUUAAAAAUGGUUUACUGUUUGAAAGUACCAUGUGUGCACCUUAUAUGUAUUAUUGACAGCAUCACAU